GCAGCGGCUUCCCGGAGGUGGGGGCCGCCCGCGCCAUGGCCGCCGCCCAGCCUAAGCCCCCCGCGGGGGCGACCGCCCGGCGCCUGGCCCGGGGCUGCUGGUCUGCCCUCUGGGACUACGAGACGCCCAAGGUGAUCGUGGUGAGGAACCGGCGCCUGGGCGUCCUGUACCGCGCCGUGCAGCUGCUCAUCCUGCUCUACUUCGUGUGGUACGUAUUCAUCGUGCAGAAAAGCUACCAGGAGAGCGAGACGGGCCCGGAGAGCUCCAUCAUCACCAAGGUCAAGGGGAUCACCACGUCCGAGCACAAAGUGUGGGACGUGGAGGAGUAUGUGAAGCCCCCGGAGGGGGGCAGCGUGUUCAGCAUCAUCACCAGGGUCGAGGCCACCCACUCCCAGACCCAGGGAACCUGCCCCGAGAGCCUAAGGGUCCACAAUGCCACCUGCCUCUCCGACGCCGACUGUGUGACUGGGGAGCUGGACAUGCUGGGAAACGGCCUGCGGACCGGGCGCUGUGUGCCCUAUUACCAGGGGCCCUCCAAGACCUGCGAGGUGUUCGGCUGGUGCCCAGUGGAAGACGGGGCCUCUGUCAGCCAAUUUCUGGGUACGAUGGCCCCAAAUUUCACCAUCCUCAUCAAGAACAGCAUCCACUACCCCAAAUUCCACUUCUCCAAGGGCAACAUCGCGGACCGCACAGACGGGUACCUGAAGCGCUGCACGUUCCACGAGGCCGCCGACCUCUACUGCCCCAUCUUCAAGCUGGGCUUUAUUGUGGAAAAGGCUGGGGAGAGCUUCGCGGAGCUCGCACACAAGGGUGGUGUCAUCGGGGUCAUUAUCAACUGGGACUGUGACCUGGACCUGCCCGCGUCGGAGUGUAACCCCAAGUACUCCUUCCGGAGGCUUGACCCCAAGCACGUGCCUGCCUCGUCAGGCUACAACUUCAGGUUUGCCAAGUACUACAAGAUCAAUGGUACCACCACCCGCACACUCAUCAAGGCCUACGGGAUCCGCAUUGACGUCAUCGUGCAUGGACAGGCCGGGAAAUUCAGCCUGAUUCCCACCAUUAUUAAUCUGGCCACAGCUCUAACUUCCGUCGGGGUGGGCUCCUUCCUGUGCGACUGGAUCUUGCUGACAUUCAUGAACAAAAACAAGGUCUACAGCCACAAGAAAUUUGACAAGGUGUGUACGCCGAGCCGCCCCUCAGGUAGCUGGCCUGUGACCCUUGCCCGUGUUUUGGGCCAAGCCCCACCCCAACCCGGCCACUGCUCCGAGGACCAGCACCCCAGCCCUCCAUCAGGCCAGGAGGGCCAACAAGGGGCAGAGUGUGGCCCAGCCUUCCCGCCCCUGCGGCCUUGCCCCAUCUCUGCCCCAUCUGAGCAGAUCACUCCUGCUUCCGAGCCUGCCCCACAAGCCUCCACGCCCACAGACCCCAAAGGUUUGGCCCAACUCUGAGCUCCUUCCCGUCACACUGGACUGCAGACCCGGCCUGGUGGGGCCAGAGACAGUCCCUGGCUAGGGACCCUGCACAGUAGACAUGGGCACCUCAGUAGCAGGGCAUCUCCACAAAAACUGGGCACCGCAGGGUCGCUGUGCAAGGGCUGGGGGCGCACUCUGGCCCCAGGCUUGUGCUCCACCCCGGCAUACCAGCCUGACACCUCCCCCGCAGCUGGCCCCUACAGGGCUGCUCACUUCCCAUCACCUCACAGCCACCUGGAACCCAAGCCAGCGAAGCUCUGAGGGGCUCUGCUCCUGGUCUUGGGCCCUGAGAACCCUCACCCCACCCCACACCACCCCACAGGUGUAACCUUGAAUCUGCCCAGACUCUUCCCUUACAAGUCACAACAUGCUCAGUCCAAUAAACCUGUGAGCAGAA